AUGCCCAUGGCUUCGUUUUGCAGGCGCUUGAGUUUCUGCUCUGGCGUCUCGGUCCAUGCGCUGCUGAUUCCUCCUCCACCACCAGCGCUCUUCCCAGUGUUGAAUUUCCGCGCCCGCUGUUUCGUGGGAUCCAGGCGCGCAGCGAGAUCGUCCUGGGUCGGCGGCAUGGUCAUCCAGUCGUCCCUCUGCGCCUUCCUGGGCGCAUCCGUGAACUGCGGGUCGGUGUCGAAUGCGCUCUUGGCAGACGGGUUGUGGUCAUGUGUGUCGGCGCUGUAUGUGGCGCCUGCUGGGGGCGGCGCAGGGCCGAAGCCGUCGUCGCUGCUGUCUGAGGCGUCGUCUGAGCGCGGGGUUGGCGGCCGUUCGUCGAGGGCAGCUGGCGGUGCGGCGGGGCCCAUGACGCGAGUCGGUUGUACAGCUGGCGGGGGGGCGGGGCCAACAUCGCUUUCUGGGGAGCUUGACCGUGAGCCGGCGACUGGCGGGAGGGUUGGGCCAGCGGUGCGCGGAGGAGAGGCGGCGGAUGCGAGCGCUGGGCCUGCCACUCUGCGGCGCUUGUCGCUGGCGUGUGGGCUUGACGCGCGGUCGUCCUCAGCGCCGCGAGUGCGCUUCGAGGGUUGCGGGGGCAUUGCUGGCCCGAUCGAAGGCAUUGUGGGCGUUUGCGCGGUCGAGGUGUGCGGGAGGUUGCGGGCGGUCGCGGGCGGUCGCGGGAGGUUGGGAGGGAGCGGGAGCUCAGAUCCGGGGCCGGGCCACACCGGCGCUCGCAACGACCCCGACAACACGAUAGACACGGGCGAUCGCAUCCAGCACGAGCCGGUAGUCGAGCGCGGAGAGGGGGAAGAGGCGGUCAAUGGCAUAGUCAAUGGCAUAGUCAAUGGCAUACCGGGGCUGGUGGACGAGGCCGACGGGCUCGCGUCGGUCGACAGCGGCUCCAAUGGCUCGACCCUGGCCCGCACGAGACGCAGGCAGGAGCAGGAGCAGGAGCAGGAGCAGCAGAUGCAGCAGCCCAUCGAGGCUGGCACGACUGAGCUGCCCCCGCGGCCCAGCGCAGGCACACCGGCGAGCUUCGCAUCGACUUCCACGCCCGAUGACCCCCCGUCGAUCCAGGGCUCCGCCGUCUCCUCGCCCAGGAGCAGCGUCGCCUACGCGUACCACUCGCCCCGCCCAAACAGAGCUGCGCUCCAGCCCUUUGAGCGCCGCUUCUCCUCCCGAUUGUCGCCCGCACCGCCUGCAACCCCGCGUGGGGCGUCUCCGGCCUUCCUGUCCGCCCACUCGCGCCAGUCCUCACUGUCCAGCAACGUGCUCUUCCAGCAGCUGCCUGACGAGGCAGACACACCGCAGCCGCCAUGGGACGUCGUGCGCUGGACCAAGCUGAACAAGAUCACCGGCCAGGUCUUCUCAGAAGUGGGCAAGCGCAACUUUGGCAGGCCUACGUGUCUCAACGUGGCUGCGUCGCUGGUCGUCGGAACCUCAAAGGGGUUCAUCCUCGUCUUCGACUACCAGCAGGUCUUGAAGUCCAUCAUCGGGCCGGGCACCAAGGCCGUCGAGUGCGGUGCCACCACUGCCCUCGCCAUUUCUGCUGACCACUCGACCAUCGCCGGUGGCCAUGCCACAGGCCACAUCUUCACCUGGGAGCUCUCGAAGCCAGCAAAGCCCUUCCUGCACAUCCCCCCACUCGACCGCGCCGGCCUGGACGACCUCAGGUCUGAUGGCCACGUCUCGGGCGUAGCGAUUCUGCACCUCGGCUUCCUCGGUACGCGACACACGGCACUCGUCUCUGCUGACGAUGGCGGCAUGGCCUUCUCGCAUCUCGCUACUCGUGGCCUCGGCGCCAUCGCAAGGAGCGUCAAGACCACUCGAAUCCUGGGCAGGUAUCCCCUCUCGGCGAAGUCGCUAGAGAAGCCGCGAAAACCAAGCUCGGUUCUCGCGUUUGCGCCCCUGCCACUAGGCAACGUUGAGCAACCGACGGAUGUAAUGGGUUUGACUGCGCUGCUCACACCCUAUCUGCUCGUCAUCGUGUCGACUACCCCUGUUGCCCAGACGCAGCACAAGGCGCCGCGGCCAAACGAGGUUGCGCUCCAGAGUGCCAUGAGCGGCUGUUUGGCAUGGUUCCCUGCCGUGAAGCUGAAGCACGCAGCCGGCGAUGCUGCAAAAGCCGUAUCCAAGACAAAACUGGUCUACUGCUGGUCCAACAUCCUGACCGUUCUGGAUGUGGCUAGCUUCGUCGCACCUCCUACCGAGAAGGAGAAGCCUACGGAAUUACAGUUCUCAGCGCGAAGUCGCUGGAGAGCCGAAGAGACCAUAGUGGCAGUGCAGUGGCUCAGCAGAUCAGUGCUCGGCGUACUGACCAUCAGCCAGCGACUUCUCAUCCUCGAGGACACCACCCUGCGGACGACAGACUCAUUCGACCUGCUGCAGAAGCACAUAUACCACUCCGACCUGUUCUCGCGGCAGCUGCGUCCUGCCGUGGAACAGCACGACGAGGAAGACGCAUCACUGCAUGGCGUGGUCGCUGAUGCGUUCUACAUGAGCUUCAGGGCUUACAAGGGACGGCUUUUCUUGCUCGGCUUCAAUGACGUCUCUAUCGGAACGCUCUCGAACUGGGCGGACCGCUUAAUGGCUCUCAUGAAAGAUGGCGACUUCAUUGCAGCCAUCGGACUCGCCACGUCUUACUACGUUGGCGACGCUGACAAGCUCACCGUUGGACUGCCCGAGGAUGAUCAAGCACGGCACGCGCUUGUGCGGGAGAAGCUCCUCGAGAUGAUCACCGCAUCGCUCAAGUAUGCCUUCUCACAGAACGACGAGAGCGACGAUGUAAGGGAGGCACGGCUCAAAGAGCUGGCGGAGGUCUGCUUCACAGCUUUGUUCAGCAUGAAGGAACUUGACUUCUUGUUCGAAGACGUUUACGAAGCUUUCGAGGAGGCCUUUGCUGGGAAGCCGUUCUUCGAGACGCUAGAGCCUUACAUCCUGGACGGCGAGAUCGAAGAGGUGCCACCGGAUGUCCUCAAGGACCUCAUCACAUUCUACGCCUCAGUGGGCCGCGGCCCGCAGGUCGAAGAAAUGAUCUGUCGUCUUAGCACUGACACUCUGGACAUCAACGAUGUGACAACCAUCUGUCAGCAGUAUAUGCUGUACGACGCACUGAUUCACGUCUGGACGCAGACCAUUGGCGACUUCAUCACCCCGCUCACCAACAUCCUGGAUCUUAUCAAGCUCAUCGAUUUCAAUCUUGAUGACUCUGACAAUGUUCUUGUCGUCUCAGCCAGGAAACUCUUCCCGUAUCUUUCGUACACAUUCACUGGACGCUUCUACCCCGGUGGCGCAUCUAUGGAUGAUGAACAAGCAUACAGCGCCAAAAAGGACAUGUACAGAUUUCUGUUCUCAGGCAAGAACCUUCAAUGGCCUCCUGGCUCAGGUCCGGUGCUCCUAACGCGGAACGACAAUAGCUCAGAGCCAUCCUUCCCGUACCUGCAUCUCAUACUCGAGUUCGACGCAUCGAGCUUCAUGAGCAUGCUGAACGAAGCGUUUGAGGAUAGUUUCUUGAAUGGCGAAGCCGAAACAGCAAAUGGCACGCAGACGAAGGGGAAGACGCUCACACCAACCCGCCAGUACAUUGUCAACAUACUGCUCGGUAUAAUGACGCCCGAGGACUUCAGUGCUGAAGACAUCAUCUACUUCUACAUGUUUGUUGCCCGAAAUCUGCCAAAGUACCCACAGUAUAUCAUGCUUCCUGGAAGCUCCCUUCACCGGAUCCUUGUCGGUCUGUGCAACUACCCUACAGAUGUUGUGAAGGACGACUGUCAAUUGUCUGUCGAGUAUCUGCUCACGAUAUACCAUCCGCCAAAUCUGCAAACCCUUGUCCCCAUGUUCGAGACGGCCGGCUUCCAUCGCGUCCUGAAGUCUGUGUACCGUAGCGCCCAGCAGUAUGCCAAGCUGCUCGAAACCUAUCUGGUGGACAGCGAGGACGGGGAGGCAGUGUUCGGUUGCAUCAGCGACAUCCUCAGGCCAAGCAAAGGGCUAGCCAAGAAGCAGAUCAGUGAGGUCAAGCAGGUCAUUGUGGGCCGCGCGGAGGACCUCGUCGCUGUAGGUGCUGAGCAGACAGCGGUCACACUAAGACUGUAUGCACCUGACCUUCUGGGACCUGUUCUAGACGCUAUUGAGGAGGAUCGGGAUGCCCAGUAUCAUUAUCUUAGGGCUCUAAUUGAACCUGAGCAGACACAGUCAGGCGAAGCUGCUGCCAUCGACGAGAGUCUUCCGUCCGGGUUUGUCGAGCGUUACGUCCAGCUCAUGUGUACGUACAACAGCAGUCACGUCGCAGACUUUCUUGACCCCAUCUUGCCCGCUUUGGAGAAGAGCGGGGUAAUCGAUGCGGCAGUCGUACUUCUGGCACGCGAUGGCUUGGUGAAGGAGGCUAUGGAUCGCCUUGUCAAGCAUCUCGGCACACUCGAAACCGCACUCACUGGUCUCAUUGCCGCCUCGGCAGACAGUCCUGAUGCCGCAAAUGCCGAAGAAACUGCACGUGGCCUGCUCGAAGAUAUUCAGAAAUAUGUCAAAGCCGGGAUCUGGCUCAGUCAAGGCCAAACGAAAUCGACUGCACACACCGCACCUGUCGUUGACAGACGAACGUGGGCAUACGGGGACAUCGAAGAAGAAGACCUGGCCCUCGACGAACUUCUUUGGCUCGAUCUCAUCUCCACAGUAGUCAAGCUAAUCAAGGAGACAUCAGCUGCCAUAACCGACGCAGCCCUUCCCACGGCCUCCACCGAAAGUCUUGACACCACAAACAUCACCAAACAGCUUCGCGACUCGGUACAACAGACCUUCUCCGCUCUGCUUGCUUCUACAACGAUCCCUCCUACAAAAUCCGCCACUCGGCCCCCAACGACCAGUCGCCCAGUCUUGAGUCGCGCAACGAGCCAACCCCAGACCCACCCUUCUUUCCUCCGCAUCCUCCGCGCUUUCCUCCACCGCGCAUCAACUACCUACUCCCCAUCACUCACUCACCUGCGCUCCGUCUUAUCCGAGAUCUUUACCGCCUACACAUUCGAACAGCGCAUUCUGCAGCUUGCAAACAGCUUCCUCGACAAGGAAGGCUUCGCACACGUCGAGGAAAUCGCCGCGCGACGCAAUCGCGGAUGGCGCCCAAGAGGGCAGGUCUGUGAAGGGUGCAGGGGACGGACCUGGGGUCCUGGCGCGGGCAGUAGCGUCUGGGAUGCCUGGGAACGAUCGGAAGAAGCUAGGGUCAAGAAGAGGGCGGAGGAGGAAGAUGCGAGGUGGCAUGCAGAGAGGAGGGGCAGUCAGAAGGGGAAGCAGAAGAGUGCUAGUCAGAGCGAGGACGAGGCGGAGGACGGAGAAGGCGAGGGGAAGGGGAAGGGGCCGCUGGUUGUUUUUGCUUGUCGACAUUUGUGGCAUAAGAGCUGUGUCCGUCUUGUGUGGAGGGACCCUGAUGGGUGGAUGUUUAGGUUUUGA